AUGAAUUGUGGUAAAUCACGACGUGAAGAAUGUAGUGAAGAGUGUGCUGGAGGAAACAGUGAAGAAGAAUUAGAAGAAUAUGCUGAGAUCUUUGAAAAUCUCGAAGAUUAUCGUGGUGAUGCUAAGAAACAUCGACCAAAAAGAAAAAAUGAUAUUUCAGAAUCGGAUUCUGAUACAGAUUCUGAUUCUGAUACCGAUUCCGACAGUGAUACAGACAGCGACUCGAACUCAGAGACCGACAGUGAUGAUGACGAUGAUGAGGAAGAAGAAGAAGAAGAAGAAGAAUCAUCUGGUACUUUGAAAACUUUAAAAAAGAAGGCCCAGGAUUUACUCAAUAUCAAACCUACAACUGAAAAAUCCAAACAGCAUAAUUAA